AUGGUCGGAUCUGCAGUUUUAGGAGCAGCAGCGGGUACUGGUUUGGCAUUAGUCGUAGCCAUGACGAUAGUUGUGUACAGGUACUAUGCUCAUAAGAGAUACGGUAAAGAAUGGAGCGAUUUGGAAAGAUUCAGCGAUUCGAGAACUUCGUCGUAUACUAAAAAAAAUUCCGGAUAUUCCAUAACUCAAAAGAUGGAUUUACUCAACUAG